CCCGGUGACCUCGUGCCGCGCGCGGUAAUGCUACUGGCAAACGGUGCCUCUAUACCGACCAUCGCCGGUGCUGUCGAGGAGGAGGAAGAGUAUGCACGCAGCGAGGCGAAUAGCGCGCAUUACGAUGGAUACGUUACCGAUCACACCGAUCUGGCCUCGGAGAUCGAUAUUGAUGAAUCCGAAUAUAGGCGGGAAUUACUCAAUGAUAAAUGGCGAAUGCUGUUUGACAAGUUUGAUCCGGAGGGUUUUGGAGAGAUACCGCUGGAGGACUUUUUGACAGCCUUAAACAGUCCUGAAUGGAAGGCGGAGAUACCGACGAACAAACGUGAUAUACUUCUGACCAGAGCGAAAGAGUCGCGUGUUCAGGCGAUGACUUUCCAGGAUUUCGUCAAUGUGAUGAGCGGCAAACGGACAAGAAGUUUUAAGUGCGCUGUGCACCAUCGGGACCGUGAAAUCUGUUCUGAAAACGAUUUCCACCUGCUUGUGCACGAGCCGCCUCUAUUUCGCAGGAUGGUCCGCAUGAUCGGCGAUGAAUUCCUUACGGAAGAACGGGACCGAAAGUAUUACGCCGAUCACUACACAUGCUGCCCGCCGCCUCUCUUCAUCAUUCUCAUCACCCUCGUGGAGUUGGGCUUCUUCACGUAUUAUACAGUGGCAAUGGGGGAGGUGAAUCCCUCGGGACCGGUGCCGAUCGACAGUGUUUUCAUUUAUAGGCCGGACAAGCGACUCGAGCUCUGGAGGUUCGCCUUCUAUAUGUUCCUGCACGCUGGAUGGCUUCACCUGCUGUUUAACCUGGGGGUUCAGGUGGUCGUGGGACUUCCCUUGGAAAUGGUGCACGGAAGCCUGAGGAUCGCCGCGGUUUACAUGGCCGGGGUUCUUGCCGGUUCGCUGGGCACGUCAGUGUUCGAUACGGAUGUGUAUCUCGUCGGGGCGAGCGGGGGCGUUUAUGCCCUUCUGGCAGCGCAUCUAGCCAAUGUUCUUCUCAACUAUAACAAUAUGGAGUUCGGGAUAGUCCGGCUCAUUGGCAUUUUCGUCAUCGCUAGCGCUGACGUAGGCUUCGCGAUCUACGACAGAUACGCUGCGGAACAGAUGGGUCCGCCAGUGUCAUACGUCGCCCAUUUGACAGGCGCUCUGGCUGGUCUAACGAUCGGUCUUCUAGUAUUGAAGAACUUUGAACAACGGCUGCACGAGCAGUUACUCUGGUGGGUCGCCCUAGGCGUUUACGCCGCUUGCACGAUCUUCGCGGUCAUGUAUAAUCUGAUGCAUCCGGAUUAUCCAUGACGCGAGGUCAGCUUCGCGUACGGCCAGCCGAGGCACACGUAACGCGAAGCUGAUCGUCCAUGGAAGAAAAAGAAGAAGAGACGGAGGAAAAGACAGGAGAGACCUUGUUGAGCGAUAUCGAAGAAGAUUGUCACAUGUAUUGCGAAUCUUUCAUAAUGCAUUAGAGCGAGAGCUAGAUGUUUCCCGAUACACCGAAAGCAAGGGGUAAAAACAAGAGAUAUGCGUUGAAAUCAUCGGCAGUCAUUCUCCUCAUCAGAGAGAACGUGACUUCGAUCGCUCUUCGCGCGAAAAGGAUCGUAAUUUCGUAGUAUAUAUUUUCUUCCAAACCGGCCUGUUCGCGCACGAUACUCGAGAAAAGCGACAGAGCGCCCGUCGGGAAAAACGCGAAAAAUCAGCGAGGAAAUAUAAUUUAGUAUUAAUCGAAAUUUCUAAAAGAUGAGAAAAAUUUGUACGAUGCGAUAGUAGGAACGAUAGGUGACCGAUAAAAGCGAUGUACUUCCGUCAAAAAAAUGAAA